AUGCCAAUCCUCGCCACUGCCUUCUCCGUCGGUCGCAGAUCUCUGAGGCUCUCCAAGAGAUCUAAGAAAUGGAAGUUAAAUACUAUUAAUGAUUCGUUUGUCAACAGUCAAGAGUGGACACUAAGCAGAGCUGUUCCUGAUCUCCGUCUCGGAAUAGUUGGGAGUUUGACGAGUGGAAAGUCGGCUCUCGUGCACCGCUACCUAACGGGGUCUUACCUUCAGGACGAGUCGCCCGAAGGCGGCCGAUUCAAGAAGGAGGUUAUAAUUGACGGUCAAAGCCAUCUGCUUCUGAUCCGCGAUGAAGGAGGACCUCCAGAGAUGCAGUUCAGCUGUUGGGUCGAUGCCGUCAUAUUUGUCUUCAGUCUCGAAAACGAGACCUCAUUUAACGCUAUAUAUAAUUACUACACAAAGAUGUUUCACAAUAGAAACUCAUCAGACAUUCCUAUAUUUCUCGUCGGCACUCAAGACGCCAUAAGCGAAAGCAAUCCGCGUCUAAUCGAUGAGAACAGAGCCCGAAAACUGGCCUCAGAUUUAAAGAGAUGCUCCUAUUAUGAGACGUGUGCCACAUAUGGCUUGAAUGUGGAGAAAGUAUUUCACGACGCGUGUCAAAGGAUCGUUCAAAACAGGACUAACGACUCGUCCGUCGCCGCAGCUAACGCUCGGCCAAACACUCCGAGCUCUCUAGGUUUCUAUCGACAGUUCAAUUCCAUUGUCACACCUUCUCAGACAUCUAAUGGACUCAAUAAUAACCCAUCGGUUAAGCCUCUCAUCACAUCCCCUAACCAUACAAUUGUUUCCACUCAACAACAAAUCACUCAAAUAACAAAUCUAAACAAUAGUCAAAACAAAACAAAUCUGAAACCAAAUAUCAAUAAUAAUAAUGCAUUUAAUCAGAAGCCGACCAAAGACUUCGGUCCGCUUCCACCCAAACGAGUCGAGUCUAAAGUCACAGAAUCGGCUAAAACUGCGCUCAAAUCAUCAGCUGAUCAUUCAGUACAGCCGACCCUUACUGUCCAUAAAGAGACCAAAGAUCUGCCGACUCCCAGCUCUACCCCCACUACCACUAGAAAGACUAGGAGGCGUUCAAACCUCUUCCCACCCCUCAGUAACAAAAAGCAUUUGGAAGACAAGUACAAAACAGGAGAAGUGGGCAGCGGUCGAGCCAUUCCCAUCAAACAGGGAUAUCUUUAUAAGAAAAGUGUUAAAACUCUCAAUAAAGACUGGAAGAAGAAGUACGUGACACUUACCGCCGACGGCCGGCUUACGUAUCACCCGACUCUUCACGACUAUAUGGACGAGACUCACGGCAAAGACAUUCCUUUAAAGCACACAACCGUCAAAAUCCCCGGACAGAAGCCCAGAGGCUCUCGACCCUCUCAUCCCACGCCCUCUCCUAUUCAACACAACACUGAUUGUACUCCAGAUCUCAACUCAUUAUCGAUAGGCGACGGCGAACACCGAUUAAUGCCGAUCACAAACCCAAAGUCAGAGUCAAGUGUUAAGAAACGCAAUCGUAAGACAAAGAGCGGCAACAGUAAGAACAACGACUCGGUUGACGAUUCGGACGGUUACGAGUUUGUGAUCGUGUCGUUGGAGAACAAGCACUGGCACUUCGACGCCAACAGUGCCGACGAACGCGAACACUGGGUCACCGCUAUUGAGGAACAGAUACUCUCCAGUCUUCAGAAUAUGGAAAAUGAAAAAUCCAAAUAUAAAAACAGCACUUCUGUCGACGAUUCGGCCAUUCAGUCCAUACGAACGGUUCCCGGGAAUAAAUAUUGCGUGGAUUGCGAUUCACCGAACCCCGACUGGUCGUCACUCAAUUUGGGUGCUCUCAUAUGUAUUGAGUGUUCGGGAAUUCAUCGAAAUCUCGGGACACAUAUCUCUAAAGUCAGAUCACUUGCUUUGGAUGACUGGCCUGCGGGACAUAUCGCUGUAAUGAUGGCUUUGGGCAACACUGCAGUCAACUCUCUUUGGGAGUACGAUCUGAGAGGAAGGGCUAAACCGACGCCCAAUUCGAGCCGUGAAGAGAAAGAACGAUGGAUUAGAUCUAAAUAUGAAUCGAAGGACUUCUUGGCACCGAUUACUGACAUCACACGUAUUGAACACCAACUCAUUGACUCCAUUCUCAAGUCCGACACCAAACUGUUGUCCUUAAUUUUGGCCCACUUUUCGCCUAAAGACCAAAACAUCUCUUUCUAUACAAGAGAAGUGAAAACGCCGUUACAUUUGGCGUCGGGUCGCGGCUCUCUCUCCGUCGUUCAGCUAUUACUUUGGCACAACGCAAACGUCUCAGCCAUCGAUUCGGACGGAAAGACAGCCCUGUUUUACGCGAAGACAUCGGGCCAUAAAGAAGUAGUGGAUCUACUGAUGCAUAACGGCUGCUCCGAAAUGAAUGCCAACAAUAGUGGCAGCGCUUUACCCAAAAGGAGAGGUAGUUUGACGUCUUUGACGGCUAAGUCGACCACAUGUGAAGUGUUUGACAAACUUCCCGCUUCUAUCAUAUGAAUGAAAUGUCAAUUACUUCUGUCCGCAGAAUCGAUCGUUAUCUGAGGUCCGCAUCUAUUAUUGGUUAUUGUUUUGGCACUCCUUAUGUAUUAUUAGCUCUUUUCGCACAC